CCCUCUCUUUGCUUUUUCGGUUUUCUGAGCAUUGGCUUUUUCCUUUUCUCUCUCUUACCGACUGUUUUCUCUCAUUCGCCUGAAAACCUCUUCACCGGCCGGAAAAUUGAUACUAUUUCCGGCGAUUUGUCGCCGCUAUGAGGAGGAUUAAUGUUGCCUCCUGAUUGAGCUGGUUACAUUAUCUCACAAUUUGCUAAGUUUGGUUGUAGAAGGCUUUGGAUUUCUCGGAGACCUGGUUUAUACCUUCUACUCGCCGUUUUGGGAGAAUGUGGCGAGGCUGAAUAUCUUUCACGAGUCGGUCUUAGUCUCCAGGACGGUGAUCUAGGGUUUGACUCGGCGAUUUGGAUUCGUGUUUGUUUCAUUGUUUUUUUGUGUGAAGUUUUUCUUCCGAGUAAACGAAGACGGAGCGUUAUAGGGAGCGACUUCGUAAUGGACUGAUCCCGGGCAUUGUUCCAUCUCCGGCGGUUCGGUCUCGAUUGAUCGUGCUUUGUUUAUGUUACCGUGAAUAUGAUUUUUCCAGUAUCACUUCGUAAUUUGAUUUUUCCUGUGUUUCUUUACAUAUACUGUACACUUCUUGCCUUUUAAUUUUUCUAUUUGGUUAGAGAUUCGGAAUUCGUCUCUGAAAUUUUUAAGGAAAAUAAAAAUAAGAGAAAGGGACUCGUGUGUUAUUUCUCCCCGUCUUUCUAUAAUAGGAAUUUAGAGGAUUAUGUUCUGUCAAGGAUUAAUAGAUUAAUAAUGUUUUUGUCUAGAAGUUCUUUUCUUCUUGGAAUAUCUUGUAUUGGUUCAUUGCAUUCCGUGAAGAUGUUCGAUACCACCUUUUGUUUAUUUGGCUUAUUUUAAGGUGGGGGGAAUGAUGAUGUUGAGAAGAGGACACUGUUCGAAUUUCAGCGCGUGCUUACGUUGAAUUUUCAUAUAUGUUUAAUUAAAAAAUAAUUUUCUGUUAACCAUAUUUGGGGUUUCGCUUCGCGAAAUUCCGAUAUAAUUCAAAUGCUUCUGUUUGACAAAAUCUCCAAGUCGGCGUUGCGGUCAUUCAGUCGGUGGGUCAAUUUUUGUUGUCUUAACGGUUCGUACUUAAAGUUAUGACUUCCGUUUGGCCCAGGGUGGAGUUCUGACGUAACUCUUUCAUUCUAUUUAUGACUUUCAUUGCCCCACAACACACAGAGGAGGCAUCUAGUUGUUGACUCCUCAAUGGUGGGAGGAAGAGUACGUGAAUCUAUGGAAGCUAGAAAUGGGUUAGAAUAUUUGAAACAGAAAAGGCUUCAGCGAGCGAAAUCUGCUACUGCCAGUGCCACAGCAACAAACAUUGCUAACAUGAUGAACAGAAGUGGAGGAGAUGCUCUUAGUACUUCUGCAUCAUAUGGUAUGAGGUUGCCUGGUGAUGCAAGUAGCUUUUCCCGGCGGAAGGUGGAUAAGUUUGACACAAGUGAUCUGGCAUGGACUGAGAAAAUUCCAGAGUGUCCUGUGUAUUAUCCAACAAAGGAGGAAUUUGAUGAUCCCUUGCUUUAUUUACAAAGAAUAGCUCCCGAAGCUUCUAAAUAUGGCAUAUGCAAGAUUAUUUCACCUUUGAGUGCUUCUGUUCCUGCUGGGGUUGUUUUAAUGAGGGAGCAAGCAGGGUUCAAGUUUACAACUAGAGUGCAGCCCCUUCGUCUUGCCGAAUGGGAUACCGAAGACAAAGUGGUGUUUUUCAUGAGUGGGAUAGAUUAUACAUUUCGUGAUUUUGAAAAGAUGGCAAACAAGUCUUUUGCUCAAAGAUAUUGCAGUGCUGGAUGUCUUCCUGCCUCAUACUUGGAGAAAGAAUUUUGGAGUGAAAUUGGUUGUGGGAAGAUGGAAACUGUUGAAUAUGCAUGUGACGUUGAUGGUAGUGCCUUUUCAUCUUUGCCCUCUGAUCAACUUGGGAACAGCAAAUGGAAUUUGAAGAAAUUUUCGUGGUUGCCCAAGUCUAUUUUGCGGCUCUUGAAAACAUCAAUUCCGGGAGUAACAGAACCCAUGCUAUACAUUGGAAUGCUGUUUAGCAUGUUUGCUUGGCACGUGGAAGAUCAUUAUUUAUACAGCGUUAAUUAUCAUCACUGUGGAGCAUCAAAAACUUGGUAUGGCAUUCCAGGUCACGCAGCAUUGGAAUUUGAAAGGGUGGUGAGACAACACGUGUAUACUAAUGAUAUUUUGUCAACUGGUGGAGAAGAUGGAGCCUUUGAUGUUCUCCUGGGGAAAACAACUAUGUUCCCACCAGAUAUUUUGUUGGAGCAUGAAGUCCCUGUCUACAAGGCUGUUCAAAAUCCAGGGGAUUACGUAAUAACUUUCCCCAGAGCAUAUCAUGCUGGCUUUAGUCAUGGCUUCAACUGUGGAGAAGCAGUGAAUUUUGCAAUUGGUGAUUGGUUUCCUCUAGGGGCUAUUGCAAGUCAAAGAUAUGCACUUCUUCACAGAGAUCCUUUGCUUCCCCAUGAAGAACUUUUAUGCAAAGAAGCAAUGCUUCUGUAUGCAACAUUAAGACUUGAAGAUUCAGACAUUUUCCCCGAAGAGUUGUUAUCUCGUGAUUGUGUUAAGAUUUCUUUUGUUAAUUUGAUGCGCUUUCAACAUUGCGCUCGUUGGCUGUUAAUGAAAUCAAGGGCUUGUACAAGUGUUUCUUCACAUUCUCAGGGUACAAUUCUCUGUAGCCUCUGCAAACGGGACUGCUAUGUAGCUUAUGUUGACUGUGAAUGUCACCUGCACCCAGUAUGCCUUCGCCAUGAUGUAGAAUCUCUUGACUUCACCUGUGGGACCAAGCGCACACUUUAUCUUAGGGAAGAUACUCCAGACAUGGAAGCUGCGGCCAAGAGAUUUGAGCAGGAAGAUGGAAUUUUGAAAGAGAUACUUAAGGAGAUGAAAAGUGAAAAAAAUAUCUAUUCAUGCCCUUUGUCGAACAUGUUCCAGAUGGCUGAGGCUAAUGGAUAUACACCGUAUUGUGAGAUGAAAUUUGAUUCUAUUGCUAAUUUUUGUACCACCUCAAAGCUGUCAAUAAACAAUCAAGAGCAUAUGCGAAGUCAAUUUGUUUCAAGACCUGAGGUAUCUUCUGCUUCAUCUACGCUAUGUUCUCUUUCCAAACCUCCUGAGAUCUCUGCUUCCAAUAUCGAUGAGGUGAAUGCUAACUUUAAAUUAGGCAGUCCUGAUUUUGAAGAGAAUUGUGAAAGAAUAUCCAAUGAUACUUCUGAGUCUUUUCAAUCCUCUCUUCAGUAUGAAUGCCCUAAUAAAUCUAUGGGUAAUGUGCGUAGAUUAGAGAAGAAGCUUAUUGUGGAUAACAAGAGUGACGAUUCUGAUUCAGGGAUUUUUAGGGUUAAGCGCCCUUCUUCUCUUAAGGCAGAUAGGAGAAAUAUAAGAGGUGCUACGUUUUCAACAAAUUCUGGACAGCAGGAACUCAAACAAUUGAAGAAAGACCUUCACGAAGGAAGGAGUGUGCCACAAGUAGAUAUGAGAAAAAGAAAGGAAAGGAGUUACAAAUAUAGUGACGGUGUUAGUCAUAAGGUUAAUAAUGGCGAAAUUUCCUCGAGGGACAAAUUUGCAAGGGGAAAUAGCAUUCCCGUAUCCGUAAGAUAUAAGAAGCGAAGUAAUGGGGAAGUUAAUAGACGACGACAUCAUUGCCGGACAGAUAGGUUGCUGCAUUCCAUAGAGGUUGCUCCAAAGCGCCUUAAAGCUCGAGACCCUUCAUUUAUGGGGUUAAACAGCAGAUUGAAUUGAGUUUUUAAGUUGUUGGCUGUGAUUACUUAAUGGAGAACCAUCUACAGUAUUACUUUACUAACUUCAUUAAAGCUAAAUGGGCUUUCUUAACAACAGGCAAAAUCCUGGAAGCAAUGGUAAAAUAGUUAACCAAAUAGAGAAGAAUACAUAUUCUUUGUGCAGGCCUGACAUUUGGCAAUCUGCAUGACAAGGUGAUCUUUGGGUUCUCAGGUCAAGGCUUUUCCAGCUUUGGUGGAGAUCUAGAGGAUAGAAUUAAAUGUAAAUGAUCAUUUUUUUUUCUGAUGAGUCGUUUAGGUCAAUUUAGGGACUCUGGUCCCCCCCCCCCCCUCCCCCAUUGUUUUCUCAAUUCAGGUCAUUAGCCUCUUGCCGUUGUCCACGUUCAUUCAUUCUUUUUGUAGCCUUGUACUUAGGACUACUGGAAUAAACUUCAGAGAAAUUCUUCAUUUCUUCUAA